AAGAAACCCGACACGUUUUUGUACUUCGGGUACGGCAGUAAUAUGCUGUCAUUUCGAAUCCACAUGCUGAACCCUUCGGCUGAAUUUGUCACCAAAGGAUGGGUUGAUAACUACCGCGUGGAUUUCAUAAGAUACUCAUCCUUUUGGGGAGGACCAACGGCAACUCUGGUGCCCACGGCGAAUGCUCACACUUGGGGUGUGAUAUGGAGACUACACAAAGACGACCUGCCCAAUCUCGAUCACCAAGAAGGUGUCGAAGUGAAAAAAUACUUCCCAAGAAACCUCCUAGUCCAUACAACUCACAUGGGUGAUUUUACGUGUCGCUGUUACAUUCAGAAAGUAAAUCCACUGCCGCGAGCAGAUAACGAGGAGGUCCCACUCGAGCGGUGGCCUUCUUGGGCUCUGAAGGAGAUCAUGAUAUAUGGCGCUAAGGAGCAUGGGUUGCCAGACUAUUAUAUUAAGAACUUGAAGAGUUUGAAACAUAACGGGGAAGAGGGUGCCAUCAGGACCUGGUGCCUCUUGGAGCGCUACGCUCGCCAAAAGCCCUGCGAAUGCGUCGUGCCGGGACGCAUACUGAGGGAACCAUUGAAACUGGUUAAUAAAUGGAAAAAAGAUUUCAAGUGGACUUCUGAGAUAGUUAAAGACGAAGACUAAGCUGGAAACUGUUUGAGUGCGGCAACCGAAUUAAUAACAUUAUUUUUAUUUCUUCUGAUAGGUACAGAUGAAAUAUUAAAUUGAUUUUUAUUUGA